AUGACCGUCCAAUGUCCUCCAGAGGCGCUCGGCGUCGCCGCCGUCGUCCUCGUAUACACCUUCUUCUGCCUCUGCUGUAGUAUAGGGAUGUUCGUUUUGAUGUGGGUACAACAUGAGCGGACGAGCUACAUCAGCAUCAUGUCCGUAACGACCGCGGUCGCCACCAUCGCCUCCAUGAUACAGCAGGCGCACACCAUCAUUAAUUGGCGAGACAUCAAGAUCGCGCAGUUUACGCGAGAGGAAACAGAGGCCUGGAACCCAGAACUUUCGGUGACGGGUUCUACGGAAGGGCUUGACCUAAUAUUGUUCUAUAUUCAGUUCUUUUGUUAUAAUGCCGAAGCAAUCUUGCUUGUUUGUUGGGCGGCAGAGUUGACGCAGUCCGUCUUCAAAGUCAGCUGGACGAGACUGCAGCCAAGAAAGGGUUCGUUGGUGGCCAAAGCCAACGCCUUGAUACUCCCGGCAGUCCAGAUAGCUCUCCUCCGGGCCGAUAGUAUCCAGCAUCAAAAGGUGGUAUUCUUCUUGAUCGCCAGCAUGAUUAUGGCGACAAGUCUCUCCCUCGGCGCAGUGUUACUGGCAAUCAUCCUGGUCAAAUAUGUACACACCAAGGUCUCUUCUAGUGACUGGCGUGUCGGAUACGCCGGCCUGUCCAGCAACUCUACCAAAGACGACAUCAAGCUGGACCCGAUCGUGCAUAAACAUAACACUUAUGACCGCUGGCUCGUGGUCCGCUUCAGCCUUGCAUUCUUGGCUACGGGCGCAUUCGAGUUCAUCACCAUCAUGUUCCAAACUACCUGGGCAGCCCGCAUCGCCGUGACGCACGAAAACAGGGAAGCGGACCUGAGCAGCGACAAGGCAAAGCUCGACUUUUACCUCUUCAUCCCCGGCGUAUCGGCCGGCUUACUACUGUUUGUGGUCUUUGGGACGACCAAGGUCUCGCGAGACUAUAUGUGGGAGAAGCUGGCGCCGCGUUGGCUCAAGAAGAAGAGGAGCGAGCGCGCCGCAAGGCUGCCGUCGAUGGUGUUGCCGCCGGGCCCUCUGCGACUGCUGAGUCGGAGGUCGACCCGGAGAGCGAGGGCCCAGACCGCCAGGGAUCGACACUACGCAAACAUGCCCCGGUUGCCCCCGAUCGCGGCGGGUUCUGACAUGAGCAAACUGUCGACAGAUCUGGAUAGGAUUUACUCCCAAGGGAGGGACGACAAAGAGGCCGUGCACUUCAACAAAGAUCGACGGAGUCAAACCAUGUAA